CGUGGGCAACGAGUAACGAGCAACGAGCAACCAACUCCAACUCCAAAUCGAAUCCAAAUCCAUUCACAAUGUCAGCUCUGAGCGCAUUUAUGAUCGCCAGCCUGACGAUUGCAGUUGCGGUUGCCCAGUACUAUGGUGACUCCUUCGACUCCUAUGACUACAACUACGGCCAGUACGACUCAGGAAAUGCCCAAGGCACGCAGACCAAAUACGUGUACAGCGAUGCGGGUACCAUCUACAGCAAUUCCGGGAAUAGUGACACCCGUUCCUAUGCCUAUGCUUCUGCGGGUGGACCCAAUGGUGCUAAGGCGGUUGCCGAGGCGCCUGGCUCGAAUGCGAAGCCCUAUCGGACUUAUCGGCCUGGAUAUACAUAUGCCCUGCCGCCUACGGAUGCACCAGUAACUACUGCACCCACGACACCUGUACCCACCACCCCUGCACCCACAACCCCCCCACCCACAACACCUGCACCCACAACUCCUGCACCCACCACC